AGCCAGACCGGUACGACGACGUGGCGGUGGACUCCUCGUGGUCUGCAUGCUUCACCGGCGAAACACCCGUCCGAUUUUUACUAUACUACUCUCUCGGUAUUUAUAUUAUUAUUAUUAUAUUAAAUUUUACGUUUACGGCCCGUGUCGUCGUCUUCGUUCGUUUUCGUUCACCGUUCGGGAGAGGCAGCUGCCGCGACGGCCGUUUGUCGUGCGUUGGACGCGUGUGCGUGCGCGCGCGCGCGCACCCGCCGUCGCCGCCGUGUAGUUGCAUAGUACACUACUACUACAACGGUGUGCGUGCGGAGGAGCGAUUGUCGGGUCGGUCGACGGACGGACGACAUCGGAGACACCGCCGCCACGCCGGUGGUAAAGAAGUGCCACUAUAAUACGUAUAAUAUUGUAGUCACUACUAUAUAGUCAGUACUGGACCGGCACGCGAACCGUCUCGGCGUGGUUCAUUCGCUCGUCGAAAAUAGUAUUAUAAUGUUGUGUGGCGUACGUUUCGUUGUCGUACCGGCGUGUGUUUCCGUUGCCGCCGCCCACGCUUUUGUACCGUGUACUGUGUGAAAAAAUAAAUCAUUAUUGUUGUUAUUAUUAUUAUAAUAAUUGUUUAAAUCAUAACAAAAGUGCGACGGUUAUCAAUUAAAAUUAAAUCGUGUCGAGUAUUUUUUUUUUUUUUUAUUUUCGCUUUUUUCCGUCUAACGAUGUAGCCCAUCAUACUCGAUGAGCACUCGACUUAAUCCGAUACUACUGCCGGAGAAUACGAUUCGUUUAUCUUUUCACACUCUUCGGUUCUUCGACGACGACUUUAUUGAUCAAUCGGUGUGUUUUUAUUACGGACCAUAAACACGCAUUACAGUGGCGGCGCAGACACUACUACUACGACUUCCGUGCACGAGUCAUUGACGUCGGACGACGCAGUUCCGGUGUACGGGCCAUGGGUAGAAGAUGUUAAACACUCCGUGCUGGGAAACAGGCCUGUCGGACAACGGGAACAAUGGCGGCGGCGGCGGUGGCACUGCGGUCGCGUCGCCCGCGGCCGUGCAGCUCCAAGACGCGGACGACAAGUCGAUGCGGUUGCAGGCGUGCUGGAUCCGGUUGUGGGACCGGUGGGCGUGCGAACAGCGCAACGUGGUCCUGUACCAGAUGCACAUCAAUCACGUGCUGUCCCGGGAACGGUCCAAGCUCGCGCUGGCCGGCGGCCGGGUGGUGUCGUGCAGGCGCGUCAAGCAGACGGCACCGUUGUCGCGGUGUUCUACGGCGCCGGCCGCUGUGGCCGCGGCUUCGCCCCAAACCGCCGUCAGGCGUGCGGCCGCCGUCGCUCCUUCGCUGUCGCCCCAAACCGCCGACGACGCGGCCGCGGACGCCCGCGACCUGCGCGUGCUGUCCACGGCCGUCGACCGUCUGCGGGCGUCCGGCUGGUACUACGAGGGCGCCGAGGCGCAGGCCAGGGCCACGAACGCGCUGGCCUGCAUGCCCGCCGGCCGGUUUUGCGUCCGGGACUCCCGACACUCGGAACACCUGUUCACCAUGGACGUGCAGACGGGCCAUUCGGGGCUGGUGAGCGUCCGGUUCACGUACGCGGACGGCGUGUUCGGGCUGGACUCGAUGCCCCGGCGGGCGGGCGCCCUGCGCGUCCCCAAGUUCCGGUGCCCGAUCGAGCUGAUCGACUACUACGUCCGGCUGUCCCGGAUCGAGGCGACCGGCCGGAUGCACGUGUACCCCGUGUGGAUCGACCGGCAGUGCGGCCAGUUGUUCACGUGGAUGAACCUCCGCCGGCCGAUGGUCAAGUCCAGCGCGGCCGGUUUCCCGUCGCUGAAGCACAUGGCCCGUCUGGUGAUCAAUCGCCACAAGCGCCUCAUCACCAUCACUCCCACAUCACUACCAAACGAACUGAUCGAAUAUUUAAUUCAAUAUCCGUAUAGCCUGUGAUUAUAAUAAAUAAUAAUGUAAUAUUAUUUUAUGAUUAUUUUCCACACACGUUUACGCGCGUGAAUUUUUUACUAUUAUUAUUAUUAUGAUUUUUACUAUAUUAUUAUGUCGUUCUUAAUUUAUUUCGUCUUAGGUUUUUUAAUAUUAGUUAUUAGCUCGAGCUCGUGUACAAAUUAUGAUUACGUAUUUGAAUAAUAUAUGAUAAUGUGUAUUAUAACGUAGAAACUAGAAAAAAGAUGUUAUAAUAAUGUAUAAUAUAGGUAAACAUUUUUGAUGAAAUACCUUAAUAUAUACAUUUAUACCUACUAUUUUUACAAUCAAAAAUAAUUAUAUUGUAUAUUUAUUAUUUUACUUUUUCCGUCGUCGUGAAUUUUUUUUUUUUUUGUAUGCGUUUAAUAAAAUAUAUGUUGAACGAUGUAUUUCAAUGAAUUCUGGUCUUAACCAUUAAAAUAUGUGAGUAAAACCACUUAUAUACCGUACACUUUGUGUGCUUAUGGUAAACGUCUAAGUAGGAGAAUUACUAUUAAUGCUUUUUAUAUAAUAGUUACAGUCGUUAUAAAAUAUAGGUAUGACUAAAUUGCGUAAGAUGAAAAAAAAUGAAAUACGCGCUAUCAAAUGAUAAUUUUUUUUUUUUUACUUUAUUUAUUUUGCACGCAUUUUCUUAAUGUAAAUAUUUUUUUUUAAUGCAUACUUAAAUUAUGUUAUCUUUUUUAUAGUAAAUUAUUAUUAUAUAUCGUGUUGUUGUUUUUAAUACCAUAAUUAUUAGUUAUUUUUAAUUUAUCAUGUCAUUUCUGUUUCAAAAAUACAUAAAAUGAUACAAUCAAAA